GGACGUUCUCCGUUAUUUCUUCAGCUUGGAAAUAUUCUUGUAGUUUAGAAGGUGAGUAUUGGCUUUCUUUAUUGUUUCUUAAUCAAUCUUAGGAAGUGUAAGCUGUUUUUUAGCACUUUGAGCAUCAAUCAAUUAAUCAACAGAGUUGUAGAAUGUUGUCGAAAAAGCCUUAUCCUUACCCUGAUGUACCGGCAAUUUUUUUUAACCGCUCACUUUCGCUUCAAAUUUUCGCGAUUUCCCCUGAGCUAUUUCAGUUUGAUCGUCAAGGGCAUGAUACUGAAAUAGACGACGUUAGUAAUCGUUGACGCUCUGAAAUAUUAGCACGCAACGCAGUGGUACAUCCAGUCAUUCAAUGAUUACAAGUCAAUGGCAAAACUUAAAUUUAAAAAUAUAUAUAUAAUGCGCGAUCACUCCCUUCAGGUGCACUUAAUUUAUUGACGCUUUCAAGAUAACUGAUUUCUGGUUUUGAUUUUUUUAUUCAAAAACGACGCAAACGGAAAACACUCUCAACUACUUGCACUCUUUGCAUUACAUCACGUGCUACAGAAACUGGACAGAAAGAUUUGCAGUACUGAUGUGCUACGUCAUAGAUUUAAGCUGCUUGGCUGAACUCGGACAAGUAAAAUGAAGGACCAUGUGCCAAAAAUACCUCAUAAGCUAAUGAUGUGUUUGCUGGCUAACUUCUGAGGGGAUGAGUCAGUGAUUUUCAGUGAACUUUUAUCUCCUUGAGAUGAUUAACUUGCAAAUUCUCCCCAAGAUAUCCAUACAAUAUCUUUUAAACAGGUGAUGAGAAUAGGUAACUUGAUCAGCUUGAAGUGAGUUCCUUGAUUGAACAAAAAAAAAUUUUCAACAUGAUUUGCAAGGAACUGUAUAGUUGAAACCAGGGUAAACUGUUUAAGCGAACUUAAGGAGAUCUUGUGACUGUGACAUUAUUUUCUUAGUUGUAAAUCUCUUCAACCUCCCCAUACUUGUGUUUAAGACAAGCUCACUGAGAAUAAUUUUACCUGGAGGGAGGCAAAGAGAAAUGUCAUGUUCCUUUGAAUAGCCUUUCUGUUUAAAAAUCACACACAAUCUACAAUUCUUCUUUUCACUCUCAACACAACAUCAGCACCAGUGGCAUUUGGUAUCAACUUUUUAGAAACCCCUGCCAACACAGCACCACAGCAUUUUUAGAAAUUUAUCCCCCUAUUUAUUUGCCAUUUAUAGAGUCUGGCAGAUCUUCAUGGUUGAUGCCCUUUGCCCUUUGCCCCUCAGCAGGAGUGAUUAUCAAAUGCUUAGUCAUGUCUUCCUGAAAAGCUUGAUUCUCAGACAUAAAUAUUAAAUCUUGCAACAAGCACAUAAGGAUAACAAGCAUCAGAAAGGAGAGUUGGUGAUUUGAUCAUGGCAAUGAAUGAAUUAAACUUUGAUCUUUUCUUCCCUAACUGCAGAUUCAUCAUGAAGUGUUUAGCACUAUUAGCAAUCUCUCUUGGAAUUUCAUUAGCCUGGCCAGCUGGCAAACAAGAAUUUGAUGCACUAGAAGAUCCAAGCUGGAAGGUGUGGAAAUCAUUCCACAAUAAAGAGUAUGAAAAUGUUGAUGAAGAGAGAAUACGCAACUUCAUCUGGCAAGAUAACUUGAAGAGGAUUGUCUCUCACAACCAGGCUCACAAAUACAAACUAGCUAUGAAUCACCUUGGAGACUUGGUAAGUUUAACCCUUGAACUCCCAGAAGUGAUUAACAUGAAACUUCCUCCUAUAACAUCCAUACAUUAUUCAGCAAACAGGUAAUGAGAAUAUUCAAACUUAUCAGGUAGAACCUGCCAUCUUGAUCUGGCACCAAGUUCUCAUAACUAAUUUAUAAGGAAAUGUGUAGCAGCCAGAGGGGAGAAUUAACAAUCAAAUCUUGGUAGUUAAGGGUUAAUCCAUCCAUGAUCAGGAUCUCAACAUCAGUUUUCCUUCCCAUCCACCAUUUAUUUUUCUUAUUGUGUUAAUUUUGAGAAUUUGGUGUGGGAUUGAUCAAUCUCCCCUAUUUGAUAUUUUUUUAUUCUUAGAACUUUUUUGCUUUAUAGUGUACUGUUGUGUUAAUAUGAACGUGUUGUUCCUCUCUCAUGGAAAAUUUUUUCAGAUCAUUCUUUUCAGAUUCAUCUGACCUUUCCCUGAAAACUGACUUGUAUUAAAUUGUUACAAAGGCUACCUUGUUACCUUGAUGUGUCUGUAUGGCUGUUUACAGUUUAAAUUUUUCAAGCAUCAAGAUUAAUUAAACAUGAUUGCCUUUGAAAGCUUACAGUCGUGAUGUAUACAUACGUAGCACAUUUGGGCUUGAAAUUUCAGUUUUUGUCAGCUAUUGUCUCAAAAAACACAAUUGCAUUUAUAUUUUAUUCAUAUUUUAGACAUCUCGUGAAGUAAAGGAAUUGUUGAAUGGUUUCAAGAUGAGGAAGAGUUCAACAGGCUCUAAAGAAAAGUCUCCCACAUUUCUGGCACCAUCAAAUUUGAAGGUUCCUGACUCUGUUGACUGGAGAAAGGAGGGUUAUGUUACACCUGUUAAAAGCCAAGGGCGUUGUGGAUCUUGCUGGGCAUUCAGCUCAGUAAGUAUUUGACCCUUUAGAGUGACUACCAUCUUAUUUCCUCUUACAUCAUCACAUCUGAAAUUACACACUAAGUGUAAGAGAGCUCUUGAUUGUUAUAAACAAAAUGGAAUUCUUCUCCCUCAGAAAAUGAUAAAGAACAGUAUACAGAAUAUGUGUUAGGUUGUAAAGGGUUAAUUAUUUAAUUCUCUCAGCAUUGUGUGAGGGCUGGUGGAAAGUUUUAAAGAAGACAGUUGCAGUAAUGAAGUGCCAGGCAUCAUGUCAAGUGCUAAAAGUACAAGUAUCAUAGUUAGUUUGGAGCAUGCUCUUCCAAAAAAUAUUCAAAUGCUCUUAAAUCCCCUUUUUAGCUCUCUCUAGGCUCCUUAUCAAGAGCUAAUUUAGAGGAUUUUCAGGGGAUUAAGACAUUUUUAAGACAUUAUCUCUAUUCCCACAAUUUCUGCUAAAAGAAAUUUAACUUGAAGAUUUGCUUUUGAUUUUCACUGUGGAUAAUUAUUAUAUAGAAUAGUCAGUAAAUAUAAAGAAGUUGGUAGCAAUCUUCUGUCAGCUGGUUCCUUUUGAUGACUAUCACAAUAGUUUUCCGUUAAAAGUUCCUCUUCAUAAAAAUAAUCUUUUGAAAAACUGUAAGCAAAUAUAGGAAGAUCUAAUCAUCUUUUCUUGCUUUCCCCAGACUGGAGCUCUGGAAGGACAACACUUUAGGAAGACUGGAAAACUUGUCUCUCUCAGUGAACAGAAUCUGGUUGAUUGUUCAUCAGCAUUUGGUAACAGUGGUUGUCAUGGUGGUCUGAUGGACAACGCUUUUAAGUACAUCAAAAGCAAUGAUGGAGUUGACACAGAAAUUUCCUACCCUUAUCAAGCACAGGUAAAAGAGUUUCUGUUUCAUUCAUAUUCAGUUAAGUUACACUUCAUUUUUAGAUAUCCUAGACUUUGACACAGUCAGCUUUUUCCCUCCAAUUCAAGACUCACACUGUUCAAAAUAAAUGCAUGUGAAAUCUCAUGUUCCAUAUUUUCACAUUGCCCAUCAUACAUCUGAUUUGGACACCAAAAUUUACGCAGGUACUGUCCUUAAAUUCUCCUAGGAAUCCCAAAACCAAGUUGUCUUACAGCAAAAAAACAAGCUGUUUUGUAGUCAAAAUAGCAGUAAGUCAAAGGGUAAAUUGGACGCUUAAAAACCUUAAGCUCCCAACAUCUCAUUAGUUUUUCUCCCCACUGUCCCCUUACAAUUCUUAUGAUGUCAGUUUGGAGAAUUUGGUAUGGGAUCAACUAAUAAGUCACUACUCGAUAUUUUUCUUUAUUCUCAUUACUUGUCUGUUAGGAAUUGUAUUGAUAUUGUGAGGAGAAAUUCUGUCUUUGUCACUCAUGGGAGUUAAAGAGUUAACUCUCCACAACAAUCUCUCUUUUACAUGUAGGUCGGCACUUGUAACUUUAAUGUUUCUGAUGUUGGUGCAACAGACACUGGUUAUAUGGAUAUCACAUCUGGUGAUGAAUCUGCCCUACAAGCUGCUUCAGCAUCAGUUGGUCCCAUCUCAGUAGCAAUUGAUGCCAGCCAUAGCUCGUUUCAUUUUUAUCACUCAGGGAUUUAUGAUGACCCUUCUUGUAGUAGCACUGAACUCGAUCAUGGUGUCCUUGUAGUGGGAUAUGGAAAUGAAGAUGGACAGGACUACUGGCUGAUUAAGAACAGGUUUGUUAAGAGAUUUUGUAAUGUGCAAUGGAAGUGAGGAAGCCUUAUGUAUGGCAACCAGGAUUCAGGAUUGAAGGGUGUAUGCAUGUUUGUGGGAGCAGACCCUUGGUAGAACUAUACUUUCCAUCUUAUGGCAAAGUUGAUGAAUGCUAUGAGAACUUGUCAGGAUGAUAAACAACAGGAGAGUGAAAGUUAAUUUCUUUUAUAAAUCAUUUUUCAGUUGGGGGACAGCGUGGGGAGAGGAGGGCUUCAUCAAAAUUGCUCGAAACCAGAACAACAAAUGUGGAGUUGCAACUGCAGCAAGCUACCCCUUGGUUUAGGAUGAGCUGCUGAUGAUGGUGUGAUAGGAAAUGCAGCAAAUUCAGGCUAUUAAAAGAAAUAUAUUGCUUUAUAAUUACUGUAAAUUAAUUUGGUUUUCAUAUUUGUAAGAUAAUCAGAACAAAAUUCUCACCAAAUUUAAAAAAAAAACAUUUCCCUUAUUGUUGAUAUAUAUUUUUUAUGACUGGUAUCUUGAUAAUAGAUUUCUGGCACAUUUUCUCUUGGAUCAAAUGAAUUGUACUUUUGGAAGUCUACAAGAUUGGUAUUGACCUGCUAUAUAUGUCAGUGGAACCAAUAUUUCCAAUUCAAGCUGACAAGCACUAUUUAAGAGAUAUUUAAUAUAUUUCAAUGAGAAAGGAAUGUUUCUAUUUCAUAUGGUAGUUACAUACUGGAUUCUUCUUUCAACUGUUUUCCUUAUUUAAGCUUUCCUCCAACUAGGAAAUAAGAGACAAAUGAUACAGUAAGAUAACGCUCUGGAGAUUUAAAAUCUUGUUUUUGAAAUUUAUGCAUUUGUUGCCCCUUUUUCCCUUAGGAGUGACUUGCAUCUAAUUUCUCCUUUCAAUAUCACCCCUAAGUCAAACAGAAGCUCUUGAUUGCUAAACAUAUUCUCUUUGUCAGCACUUAAAGAAAUACAUAGAGAACUGUGUGGAGAAUACACAUACUGAUAUAAGGCUGUAAAGGGUUAACAUUUUGAUGACCUUAUGUUUAAGUUAAAGGAAGUUUCCUUGUAUACCAGCUUUGUCUGUACUGAUUAUGUAGCAAAAAUAAAAGAUGUUGAACACUUCUUCAAUACAAUUAAGACAUUUAGCUUUGCCAUAAGCAUUUUCAUUGCAGUAUCAUUUCAUUGCUUAACCCUUUCAUUCCCAAGAUCUCAUCAGUAAUUCUCCUUACAGACUUCUGUACCAUUCUUAUGAUUUUAGUUCUGAGAAUUUGUUGCUGGAUCAACUGAUAAUCCCCUAAUAGAUAUUUCUUUUUAUUCUCAUCACUUGUCUGACUGAAAUUGCAUGGAUGUUGUAGAGAGAAAUUCUGUCCUGGUCACUCAUGGGAGUUAAAGGGUUAAGCGUUGAUACAGAUUUUAUAUGGUUGAGAUUUUAACAGGCAAAGAUAAAAAUAAACAAAUAAAAUUUGAUCCACCGAUCAUUUCUCAACAAUUUGCUUGGUUGCUAUUUAUGAAUCUCGUUUGAUUAUCGUCAACCUGGACACAAGUGUUUUCCUAAAGGGCUUGUGACUAAUACAUGAGCGCGGUAGAAAAUUCCAAAGUUGAAACCAUCACAAGGAAGUCCGUGGUCAAAGCCAAUGUAAUGAGGUACUGGCAUUGGAAGCUCUAGAAGGAAACAGUUUCUUUUUCCAUUCUUUUCAUCCAUGUCAGUUUUUUCUUUGGCAAAAUUCUCUUUUUUAAAACCGAUUGCAAGCAAACAAACUCGAAAAUUAAACUGACCGUUCGUUCCUUUCGGUUUUCGAUUGAAGGACACACGAGUUCCUUAUUGGGAUAGCUGUGAAAGUCUCUUAGAGUCUUUGAUCGGGAGACCUGUGAACGACACCAGUCACAUGACCACUUAGUGCCUAUAUCACAUAGAUCAGCGGCAACAGCAUUAGUAUCAACACAAACAAAGGUUAAACAUUCUGACUUUCCCCCCCAAACUGCUGCUUUUGUUAAGUAAGGUAAGUUGUAUGAUUUCCUUUGUCUUCCAUAUUUUCUAGAGUAAUUUUUAAUUUUGGCGGUGUCUGCAGGUACACAGGAAGAACUGAUCGCAGAUUUUCUUCAAAUAACCUUGGGCGUCAUUGGUAAGUUAUUCGCUGCGUCACGAGAUCACUUAAGUCACGAGUUUUUUCCUUUCUUUUGUUCAAUAUUGCAACAAAACCCGAUACUCAUUUUCUUUUUUCACAGACCCAUUCAUUCCAUAGAGGAGAAGACUUCAAGUUCUGGUAAGAAUGAUUAGAUCUAAAAAAACCUUCAUUAUUCCCUUAAUUUGUUUACCAAGAUGUUCUGUAGUAUAGCAUGGUUAAUUAUUUAAGUUAUGUAAUUCUUUUUAGAUGUUCUUCAAAAAAGAACUUAGCGAUCAAUCUCAAACGUUAAGAUGCUAUAUACUUAACUUGCCUUUUUAUGAUUUCCUUUCCCUUAAAUUUUUCCUGAGAUAAUUCGAUGAUCAAUUUCAAACUUAUGAGUUGAUUGUAGGUUACUCCACAAAGCAGAAUACAUCUACCUGAAAAUAAACAGAAUUGGGAUCAUUCCACUUGCUUUGCCCCCGCUGUGAAUGGAUGAAAAUUUCUUUCACACAGUAGUAAUUAUUUCUAGUCUUUCUCUUUUGUACUUGAUUUACUCUGGAGAGUUCGUGUAAUUUAGGAAUGGAUUUAAAUUUACUUUAUGUGGAGCAAGUUUUCUAGGAUAGCGCUUUACGAAAGUUUAAAACAUGCUGCAUUUUAACUGUGAGCUCAACAGUUUGGUUUAAUUCGUGUCCACUUUUUUAGUUCAGAGGUGUUCAGUGUAUUAGUAUAAAUACAUAGGGCAGAACGAAGCAAAACAACAAUCUUUUUGGUUUUCUUAGUCUGAAAGUUUCACUAUUUGCCGUCAGACAAACUUGAUGAGGGAAAAUCAUUUUACCAACGGAAAUCUGAAAAACUUAAACUUAAAAAAACUGAUCCAAUAUGUGGUGUUACUCAUUUGAAAACUGAAAUUUUUCUGUUUUUAAUGGUUAUUGAAGCUGUUCAAAACUAAAAAUCUCUUGCUGAUUGUUUCUUUGUGAUAAAACAUUAAGUAAAACACAGCUUGACACCAGAAAAUGAAAAUAAUAGCUUGAUUAAUGGAAAUCGCUUAUUGCAACCUAUACUUUUGUAUGCUUUUUCCAAAUUAUGACUCCACAAACCUGAAAGCCAAAUCACACAGUCCUCUCCUGGGUUUGGUUGUUCGAAAGGGGUUUAACAUCAAUCUAGGAUUAAAAGUUAGUCUUGGCUUUAAUUUCUUGUGUAGAUAAAGGUGUUUAAGAGCUAAGUUUUUGGGUUUUAUGUCAAUAUGACUUGAAACUAAUAGGAAAAGAAAGAAAAACUCCUUUACAAAGCCAUAAAACUGAAUUAAAAUUAUGCACUAACCCUGGGUUGUGUUAAUUGUGUUUUGAACAACCCAGCCCUGUAGUUCUGCCUGAUGCAUGUAUUGAAAUAAAGGUUUUGAAAAUGAAACAUUGUACCCUAGAUGUCUGUAAACCUUUACUAGUUUUGUUUAGAAAGCACAAGUAACAGCCGAGGAUAAGAUUUGAAAAAUUAAAUAUUAUUCCAUGUUUUCUCAGUAUCAUGGUCACAAUAAACAUUUUUUCAAAAAUUUGAAUUUCAAAUCAGUCAUUUUGAAACUCAGAGUCAUGAAUUAUCCAUCAUACUAUAACCAAUCAUGUUACAACUGAUGAGUGCAAACAAGCGCAAAACUGUAAUUAAUUAACACCCAGAAGUGAUUAACAUGUAACUUCUCCCUAUAAUAUCUAGACAUUAUCUGGUAAACAAGUAAUGAGAAUAUUCAAACUUAUCAGGAAGAGUUUGUUAUCUUGAUCUUGCACUAAAUUCUUGUAAAUAAUUUACAAAGAAAUGUUUAGCAGCUAGACAGGAGAAUUAAUCAUCAGAACUUGGAAUUUAAAGGGUUAAAUCAUAAUUUCAGCCACAAGCUUAUAUAUAGCUAAUUAUCUCAAAAUUUAUCUCAUUUUUUGUUUGUUUCAGGAAUAACAUACUCAUCAUGGCCCACUCAACUAUUGUCCUGUUGAUAACUCUUUUUAUAUCAAUGGCACUGUCAGAACUUUUGAUCAAAGACAAUGCCUGGCACUCGUGGAAAGAAUUUCAUAACAAGAAAUAUGAAUCAGAUGAUGAAGAAAGUUUACGUUAUACCAUUUGGAACGAAAAUAUGAAGACCAUCAAGAAACAUAAUGCUGACCCAAACAGCAAAUUCACUCUUCAAAUGAAUCAUUUAGGAGACAUGGUACAUCAAAUUUAAUUUAUAUAAAUAUGAAGUUAAUUAUUAAAGAUAAUAGAUGAUACACUAAAUUAAAAUGUUUACAACAACUAUUUUUAAAAAAUUUUUGUUGUGCUUUGAUUUUGAAAAAAAAUCAUUUCUUGAACCUUGGGUAUAUUAAAGAUUGGUUUAAGCCUUUGAUAGAAGUGAUUAACAUGUACCUUCUCCCAAUAAUGUCAUGUAUUAUCCAGCAAACGGGUUACGAGAAUAUUCAAACCUAUUAGGUAGAAGUUUUUAUCUUGAUCUAACACUGAAUUCCCAUAACCAAUGUAAUAGGAAAUCUCUUGCAGCUAGAGAGGAGAAAUGAAAAUCAGAUCUUGGGAGUGAAAGGGUUAAGAUAUGAUUGUGAAUGAAUUACUAAAUUUUUGUUAUCAAGCUGUGUGAUCUUUUUGUGAGCAAGCUGUGUUUUCACCCUUUGCACUCUUGAGAUGUGAUUGUCAAGAUGGUAAUUUUUACCAGGUUGAGUAUUCUCAUUACUAGUUUGCUGAGUAAUGUACGGAUAUUAUGAGGAGAAAUUAAUUAUUAAUCACUUCUGGGAGUAAAAAGGUGAACGAAACUGAUAAUCAUCAUAAUAUCAUUAUUGAAAACUUGGAUCCUGCCUGGUUCACACCAGUUUUCCAGUGUUUGUAGUUUUCAAGAGGACUCUGGUUUUGGCCCUGAAAUCUUUUAUCUAAUAUUUUUGGUGUGCAGUUUACUACAAGUUUGGAUAUUUCUUUAAAAAUUCCUUUUUUUUCAAGAAUCAAUAUAGAAAUAAGCAAUACAUCAGUUAUUUUUUCGGCAUUUGAUAUUUGAAUAUCUAUUUCCAUAACCUCACUGCAUGUGUUACCUCAGUCUUGAUAAAUUCUAAUCUCUGGCAAGUCUCAAAAACCCCUCUCUCCCUCCCUGAGAUGUCAACUCUCCAAAUUUGCCAUUAAAAUACUCUGUUUGUCUAUUAACCUUGUCACUGCUAGAUCAAAUUUGUAAUUCUCUUAACUGUCAACCAUACAAUUCUUAUAAUAUUAGUUCAGAGAAUUUUGUAUUGGAUCAACUAAUUUUCAUAUAUCUACAAUUAUUAUUCAUCACUUGGAUGGUUUAUUUGGACCCAACAUAAUGACCAGAGCACUGCACCAGUAAUGCCGAGGUCAUGGGUUCAAAUCCUGUACAGGCCUGAAUUUUUUUUUCAGGAUUUAUUUCAACUACUAGUUCAGUAGUGUUUAUAGCUGUGAGGAUCUCUUAUAUUCAUUUCUUCACCGUGAUGCACAGAUAUGAUUUUCAUACAUCUACAAUCAUUAAUUAUCCCCAAAUUGAUAUUUUUCCUUAUUCUCAUUACUUAUUUGGUUGAUAUUGUAUUGAUGUUGUAAGGAGAAAUUCUCUCUUGGUCACUCAUGGGAGUUCAAGGGUUAACAUGUGUCUCUUUUGGUUAUGUUUCUAUGUAGACAAGUAAAGAAGUUCAUUUGACUUUGAAUGGCUACAACAAAGCUCUCAAGGACACCAAGAGCAAAGAAGGUCCAACUACAUUUCUGCCACCAAGCAAUAUUGAGCUGCCAGACACUGUUGAUUGGAGGAAGAAAGGUUACGUAACUGAGGUCAAGAAUCAAGGGCAAUGUGGAUCUUGCUGGGCUUUCAGCACUGUAAGAAAUUUUGUUUUGUUUUGUACAGUUUUUGUAUGAUUGGUUGUUGAUUGGUUUAAUCCUUUACACUCUAACAUUAGCAUGCUUAUUUUCUAAUUCUGUUCUCUGUACAUUUCUUUGGAUAAUUUCUUUUGAAAGCAAACGCAUCUCUAGUUGGUCUUCAUUUCUUUCAUUCUUCUGAGAGGGUUGGAAAGGGAGGACUCCUGUUCCCAUUCCACGCUCAAACUUUUUAGAAAAAUUCAUGCAUUAAGUGUACUCUAAGUGUUUCAUGCACCAAAGGGAAAGGAAAAGCUUCAAAUCUCACAUAGCUGUUCCCUAAAUUCACACUCCACAAUAUCAAUUAAGUGCUCAAACAAGCAUUUUGUAUAAACCAUUUGUCACUCUCUUGUGACCUUCAUAUUUUCUUCAACUGUGUGAUGCUGUGAAGAUAAAUGAGGUGCUUAUUAAAAAUAAGUCACCCUAAUUUGUGUAUUGUAAAAUUUAGGGUUAGGAGAUGUUCCUUUUAAUGACCUUCGUGGCAAGGCUCUUCCCCAAAAAGAUGGCUCAUUCCCCCACAAGUCUUUCACUCCCAAGAUCUUAUUAGUACUUCUCCAUACUGUCUCUUAUAAAAUUCAUAUAAUGUUAGUUUGGAUAAUUUGGUAUUAGAUCAACUAAUUAUCCUCUGAUUGGAGUUUUUCUUGAUUCUCACUACUUGUCUUCUUGAUUUUGUCUUGAUAUUGUAAAGAGAGACUCUAUCUUGAUCACUUAUGGAAGUUGAAGUGUUAAAGGUAUUUUAAUUUGUAACCUUUCCCAUUUCAGACUGGUUCCCUUGAAGGCCAGCAUUUCAAGAAAACAGGAAAGCUGGUGUCUCUGAGUGAACAAAACCUAGUUGACUGCUCCGGAAAAUUUGGAAAUCAUGGAUGCGAAGGAGGCUUAAUGGACAAUGCAUUCAAGUACAUCAAGGCUAAUGAUGGCAUUGAUACAGAAAAAAGUUAUCCUUACAAGGCCAAGGUUAGUACUCAAUUGGUAACUCCAUCUCAAACCUAGAAAAUCAAACUCUCUCUUCCAUUCUUUAAUGUUUAAUCACGUGACUGUUGCUUCACUGAUAAAGGCUAUCAACCUUAUUCCUCAACUUGUUCCUGAGUCCACCUGCUCCACGCUGCUUUGAGAGAUUUAAAACAAAAAAGGCUGAUGAUGACUUGCUUAAAGAUUUUUGAAAAAAUCAGGAGUUAGAUAAAUUUUGUAAUCUGUUAUCCUGGUAACUGGCUAAGGUCUAUACACACAUGGAGAAAUCUGAAACUGGUUUCUUUCAAUCUUGAGAUAUCUAAGAAUUUUUUUUUUUUGCCAGAAGUCAAUGUGUGUCUGCAAGAUUUGCUUGUCUUAACCCUUCAACCCCAAAAAGUGAUUGGCAUCUAAUUUCUCCUUAUAAUGUCAAACCUGAAUCAAACAUUAAGGUCAUGAGAAUAAAGGAAAUGAUCACCAACUUAAGAUGGUCUUGAUUGUUAGACAAUUCUCCUUGUCAGCACCUUAGGAAAUGUUUAGAGAACAUUAUGGAGAAUAUGCCUACUGAUGUUAGGGUGUAACAGGUUAAUGAGAAAUAUCAUGUGUUAUUCUCUGGUUCAAUCGCUGACCUCAGAGAUCUGGUUCAGUUUGGAAAGGUGAGGGGUAACUGUAUAUCUCUCUGUGUAUAUGAACAUGUGCUGUGUGUACUCACUUUGUCCUUCCCUCCCCAGGAUGAGAAGUGCAAAUUUAAUGCAUCAUCAGUUGGUGCCGAUGACACUGGAUAUGUUGACGUUAAACAUGGAGAUGAGUAUGCCUUGAAGGUUGCUGUUGCCACAGUUGGACCAAUCUCUGUAGCAAUUGAUGCUGGACACAUGUCUUUCCAAUUCUACAAGGAGGGUGUUUAUAAUGAGCCUAAUUGCAGUAGUACUGAGCUGGAUCAUGGUGUGCUGGCUGUGGGGUAUGGAACAACUGCUGAUGGGAAAGACUACUGGCUUGUAAAGAACAGGUAGGUUUAUUUUGGGUGUGGCCUGAAGGGGUACUCAACUUUUUCUGCAAUCAAUUCAUAUGGAAAUAUAACAGUGUCCCCAGCCUAAUCUGAGGAAUAUCUGGUGUUACAAUCUGCCAUUUCUGGUGUUCAAAGUUGUUUCACAGUUUUUGAACAUCAGGUGUCACAAUAAAAGCUUGAGUUAUCAGCAGUCUGGUUAGAUUGCAAGCAGGCUCUCAUGUAUGGGUGUUGCCCUAUGACACAGCCUCCUUUUCAUCUCUCACCAGCCACUAAUGGAAAAGGUUCUGAGAUGCUUGAACAUGUACAAAAGAUAUAGAUAUUGUAGAGUGGCAGCAGGUGUCAAAAAAACCUUAACCCUUUACAUCAUGACAUCAAAAUUCAUAUUCUCCAUUCUGUUCUCUGUACAAUUACUGAGGUGCUGACAACAAGAAUUUGUCUAACAAUCAGGAGUUUCUUUAAUUGGUGAUCAUCUUAUUCUCUUGACAUCAAUAAGUGAUUCAGUGGUGAUAUUGUAAGGAGAAAUUAGAUGCUAGUCACUCUUAGGGGUUAUAGGGUUAAGUUGACAAUUGUAUUAAAAGAUCUGCUGAAUUUUGUUUCCUUGUGCAGCUGGGGAAAAAAGUGGGGCAUGGAUGGGUACAUUAUGAUGACAAGAAACAAAGACAACCAAUGUGGAAUUGCCACAGAUGCGAGUUAUCCACUGGUCUAAAAACCUGUUGUACUUCUUGAACUGGUCUUGAAUAAAGAGAUGCAACAGAAAACAGUUUUUAUAUUCAGAAGCUUAGUUGAGUUGUACAAUUUAUAGUUUACUGUAUUGUGUAGAUGUAAUUUUUUUAUAGCUGAUAAAUAAGUUAGGUUUUAAAAGACUUCUAUCCAGUUGUUACUUUCUAUUGACAGGUCAGAGGUGACAUCUCUUGCUUAAUACGUCAUUAGUGUCUUGUUGACCUACAAAUUUUUGUAAUCUCAACAAGAGAUAACAUUCAAUUUGGCUUUUAAUAGUUACUAGUGGAUAGUUCAAUAGUGCUAAUGGUAUUUUACACAGUUAAUAGUUGUAUAGUUGCUAGAAAAAGCUCUAAAGAUUUGAUUGAAGAUUAACAAACAGCUUAGAUAUUAAACAGUAAGGGAAGUGUCACCACCAGUUUGUCAAUAUUCAACUCUUAUUCAUGCCUGUAUUUAUUAUAAAUAUAUAUUUAUAAUAUCUGUGGGUUAAUUAUUGUGUAAAUGGUGUUGGGAUCGUUUAAGCAAUUGCCUAG